AAACGUGACUAAUGAAGACAUGAAGGAUUUGAUUUCUAAGCUCCCUUGCACUGAGAUAGCUCACCUUAUCUUCUCUCUUGUUAUGAUAUUUCUGCGUCACUAGGCCAUGGAGGAACCAUAUAGGCUAUAUAUACAUUUUAUACGUUAUAUAUUUUAUAUACGUUUUUAUUAUAUUUAUAUAUUUGAACAUUAAAGGAGGUCUAACCGGGAUUCGAGGCACGUGCUCUCUAUUUUCAUAAGGUCCAGCAGGCAAGAAUUUUACAAAAAUAUUCAUCCAAGGAUAAAUCGUGAGUGAAAGGCGUGCAUAUAGGGUCGAAUUCAUAUAAACAAACAGGGUAGAGUACAAUAGUCCGUUUUUGAUCCUCUGAAUAUGCAAAUGGAAGAGGUGUACUGUUUCUACAGUAAAGUAAACUGCAUCUGUAAAAUCUUAAAAUUUGGACUUAAUAACGGCAUGACCUUUAAACUCUUCUAAGUCAUUGCUGUCGCAGAAAAUUUUAAAUCGGGUUUUACGCUUCAUUGAGUGAUAUUAAAUACAGGAAGUCCUUUAUUGUUCUUUCACGACAGCAGAGUACCAUUUUUUGUAAAUCGCAUAUACAGUACAUUUAUAUGGUUACGGUAGGCCUACGAAGGCAUUGAUAUGUUUAGCACGUGGUCCACAUGUGGCACUACACAUACACUUGUAAUCUUAGUUGUUUGCUUCUGCCUAACGCUGAUGCUAAGGUAUGUCUACAGUGAGUUUGUGAGAUCAAAUCUACCUGGUCCUCGGGGAUGGCCAAUGGUUGGAAACGCCUUAAGUAUAAGCCGCCAUGCACAUUUGACGUUCACUAAAUGGGCUAAGCAAUAUGGGCCAGUGAUCGGAAUUAAGAUAGGCCCGAUGCACGUGGUGGUAUUGAAUGAUUUGUAUGCUAUUGAAUCUGCUUUAUCUAAAAACACAGAAAUUACCAACAGGCCGGUUCCUGGGUUGUUAAGAGCUGCGUUUUCGAAUGAUGGUAGCCUGCUCUGGGAAAAUGCUGAGAAGUGGAUAAAGAACAGGAAGUUUGUUGUGCGAUUUUUGUUCAAUUUCAAACAUCGCCAGUUAUGGCACUUACUCGAAGCCGAGAGCAGACAACUCUGUGGAACUAUCAAAGUUCAUGAUGAUCAAACGCUUGACGUCUGCCAACCAAUGAGUAUGGCUGUAUCCAACGUCCUCUGUGCCUUGUGUUUUGGGCAUCGCUUCGAGUACGACGAGGAACGUUAUCGGUUACUUCUUAGUAACUUAAAUGCAUUAGGAAAAAGUGUCUCGGGUACAACAAUUGGUCAUUUUUUACCUUUUCUAUAUUAUACGCCUUUAUAUAGAAACUUUCGAAGACUGGCAAAAACGUUAUCAGAUUUUAUAGACAGUGAAAUAGAUGAACAUAUUAAGACUUAUGACCCGAAAAAAGGCACCCUGGACUUAAUCGAUAUGUUCUUGAAAGAGGAAUCAGAUGGUAAAAGUGAGCACAAUUUACAGGGUGGAUGGACUAGGAGAACGCAUAAAUACAUAAGAAGGGCAGUUAUUGAUAUGUUUGCCUCGGGGACUGAUACCACUAGUACCGCCUUGGCAUGGGCCAUACUGUACAUGACGCAACAUAGAGACAAGCAAACUGCAGUUCAGAAGGAAAUCGAUGCCGUAAUGUGUCACGGUGGUCUCCAGAAUCUUGGAUCUUACUAUAAAAACCUGCCCGUGACACGCGCUACACUCAUGGAAGUGUUACGUCACGCUAACAUUUCCCCUCUUGGACUGCCGCGAACAGCUUCACAGACAACAUCAAUCGAUGGUCAUUGCUGCCCUCGAGAUACAUGGGUGUUUGCAAAUAUAUGGUCCGUGCACUACGAUGAGAAGUAUUGGCAUGCGCCAAACGAAUUUCAUCCAGAGCGGUUUCUCUCCGCCGACCACAAGUCAGUUAUCGCUCCUAAAGCCUUUAUGCCUUUUGGCUUGGGUAAGAGGUGUUGCAUUGGUGAACAGAUUGCUAUGGCUACCAUGCUCGUUUUGUUUUCGAAGUUGUUGCUGGAGUUCGAUUUUCGUAUCCCGGAUGCUGAUCCAACGCCAAGUCUUGUUGGUAUAAAUGGACUGACUCUGGCCCCAAAGCCAUUCAGAGUUUGUGCAAUCCCACGCUAGACCUCCGCAUCAAUAAUGUAUCAUUAUCAUCAUCCUGGGGGAAAACCUAUUUAAAAAAUUCGAAGAUUAAAAAAAAAAACAAAAACAAGCAAACAAACAAAAAAUAAAUAAAUAUUUGUCUACUUUACUUGGUACUGGACUUAACAUUGUGUGACAAUUCUACUGGCAUUGCUGGUCGCCGAUUCCAUCCGACCCCCUAAAAAAUGGGGGGAAAUGGGGACAUAUUUUUUAACUAAAUUGACAGGCCUCUUGCCUGUUUCAGAAUCUGAACAAUCUUUUCAGAAAGUGUUAAAUUUUACAAUUGGUCGAUCGUGUUAAUCUUAACAUAUUGAAAAGUAUCAAUUUUUGAGGAAUCAUGGUUGACAUUGGAGAAGUGUAUGGUGGUGAUUAUGGGUGUCAUGACCAAUACUCAGCAUGCUGAUCCGACCAAGAUUGGAAGGAAUGUUACCAUACUCCUAAUCUGUGUUUAAGUGAAGCACAUGGUAGUGUUUCUCAUUUGGACUCAAAUUUAAACACCAUGGUAGCAAGUAUUAUCCAUAUACUGUACUGUAUGUACAUCUAAUAUACUGUAUAUACAUAUAUAUAUAUACACAAUAUAUAUAUAUAUAUAUAUAUAUAUAUAUUUAUAUAUAU